UCAGUCAACUGUCAAAUCUUGUAAAAAUGUUGGAGUUGAUAAGAAUUAAAUAAAAGAUUUAAAUGUGAUAAACUGAAAAGUAUCAAAAUGCGACCUUUUUCCAAAACAUUUUUAUAUUUAGUGUUUUGUCUGUGCAUUAAUAAUCCCGUUGCAUUUAAUGUAGUGGCGAUGCAAUAACCUCUUGAAAGUAAAAUAUUCUUAUUAAAUGAAAUGUAGAUAAGUGUGUAAUAGUGUAAUUUUGUGUUACAUUUACUUAUUCGAGUGGAAUUGUACAAAACAUGGGAGGAAAAUUGAACUUUGCUAUUUUAGCCGGUUUUUGUGCGUCUGCAGCCAGUUUGUUCGGAAAGUUAUCGGGGUUGCCUACAUUUGAGGGACUUUUUAUUGUAAGAAUUAUAUUUUUUGCACUGAUGAUAAUAUGUAAUGCGGGGGUAUGGACGCUAUUUGUUAAAGCUCUACAAAAUGUUGAAUCAUCUCUUACCGCAACAGUAAUUAGUGCAGCUUCCAAUUAUUGUUUAUCAGUAGGCAUUGACAGGAUUUUUAAUUUUUGGAGAGGUGACCACCCUGCUUUGGUGGUCGGGGAUGUUUUUGAUCAUAUGUGGACUAUUAUUGAUACUGCGGGACCAACCAAAUGAGCAUACAUUAAACAAGUCGAAUUAAUAUUUAAGUUUUCUUAAGAAAUAUGUAGAGUACAAAUGCUACAAAUAAAUAAAUAAGAAUUAA